AUGAGCCCUUCUUUGUUCAAGGCUCAGCACCUGGUGUCUACACGCGUUAUUCUAAAAGCCUCGAUUCGCCCACUGCAAAUAUCACAUAUAUUGCGUUUCAGCCCAAAAGACAAAGAUUCAAUGGCAUCGGCUCAAGAGCUCAACGAGCUGAACGAAAAGCUCUCGAAGCUUCCGUUCCUCAAUGGCUACCAAAUUUCCCAAGCGGACAAAGACGCGCUCAAGAAAUUUGAUGGAGCGCCGGUGCAACACCCCCAUCUGAUGCGAUGGUACAAACAAGUGAAAUUCGAGAUGGGUGGCGAUCAGAAGCAAGAGAAAAAAGCCGCACCGGAGGCUGCUGCUACACCAGCGGCCCCUGCAGCUCAAUGUGCAAGCGGAUCCUGCCACUCGAAGGAUGUUAAUUUUGAUUUCCUCCCAGCGAAAGGUGUCCAGCGUGAUGCGAAAACCGGACAAAUGAAAGAGGACCCAGUCUAUGUUGCCCACCGAAUGAAGAUGUUCGACGAGCUCUUUGCCGCCCAAGAAGAACGAAUCGCCGCAAUGCCAAAGAAUCCGAUCAAAAUCACGCUUCCAGAUGGAGCAGUCAAGGAAGGAACAUCGUGGGAAACAACUCCUCUUGACAUUGCGAAAUCAAUCUCUUCCGGUCUUGCUAAUGUUGUCGUUUGUGCCAAGGUCAACGAUCAAGUUUGGGAUUUGACCAGACGGUUAGAGGGCGAUUGCACUCUUUCCUUACUCAAGUUUUCGGAUAAGGAAGGUAAAGAAACUUACUGGCACUCGAGUGCUCAUAUUUUGGGUGAGUGUAUGGAGCGAUAUUUUGGCGGUGCUCUCUGCUACGGUCCCGACAUCGAAGACGGAUUUUACUACGAUAUGUGGAUGGGCAACAAUACUAUUAGUUCCGAAGCAGAUAUGCCCAAGCUUGAGAAGCUUUACUACCAAAUGAUGAAAGAAAAGCAGCCUUUCCAGCGACUUAAUGUCACAAAGCAACAGCUCAUUGAUAUGUUCAAGCAUAAUCCUUUCAAACAACGUCUGAUCGAAGAGAAAAAUAUUGGCGACACGACUGUUUACAGAUGUGGUAAUCUGAUCGAUAUGUGUCGAGGUCCUCACCUUCCACAUACCGGGAAAGCGAAGGCUUGCAAGCUCUACAAAACGAGCGCAACAUACUGGGAAGGAAAAGCCGAUCAGGAGUCACUUCAACGAGUUUAUGGUAUCACUUUCCCAGAUAAGAAGCAGCUCACCGAGUGGGUUACUUUCCAGGAAGAGGCGAAAAAGCGAGACCACAGAAGAAUCGGAGUUCAGCAAGAGCUUUGGACUUUCGACCCGGUUUCCGCCGGCUCCUGUUUCUGGCUCCCCCGCGGUGCUAUCAUUUAUAACCGACUCCAAGAUUUCAUUCGAAGCGAGUACCGAAAGCGAGGAUUUAAAGAGGUCGUCACACCAAACAUCUUCAACUCAGAGCUUUGGAAAACGUCAGGCCAUUGGCAACACUACGAAGAUGACAUGUUUACAUUCAAGGUCGAGGAAGACAAAUGGGCAAUGAAGCCAAUGAACUGCCCCGGCCACUGUGUCAUGUUCGGCUCUCGACUCAGAAGUUACAAAGAGCUUCCCCUUCGAUUCGCUGACUUUGGUGUUCUCCACCGAAAUGAAUUGUCUGGCGCACUAUCUGGCCUUACAAGAGUUAGACGCUUCCAGCAAGAUGACGCUCAUAUUUUCUGCGCCCGUGAGCAGAUUGAAGAUGAAAUCACCGGUGCUCUUGAAUUCUUUAAAUUUGUGUACGACACAUUUGGAUUUACCUUCGAACUUAACCUAUCGACCCGACCAGAGAAGUUUUUGGGAGAAGUGGCUGAGUGGAAUCAAGCUGAGAGUAUGCUCACGAACGCUCUGAACACUUUCUGCACUGCGAACGACACAAAGUGGGAGCUCAAUCCCGGCGAUGGAGCCUUCUACGGACCAAAGAUCGAUAUAAAAAUCCUCGACGCGUUGAAACGAAGACACCAGCUCGCCACUAUUCAGCUCGACUUCCAACUGCCGCAGCGAUUCAAGCUCAAGUUCGUGCGCGACAACAAGGAAGAGACGCCCGUAAUGAUCCACCGCGCAAUUUUGGGUUCAAUCGAGCGAUGCGUCGCCAUUCUUACAGAAUCUUUCGGCGGCAAAUGGCCCUUCUGGCUCAGCCCCAGACAAGUCAAAGUCGUCCCAAUCGGAAAAUCUCAAAUGCAGUUCGCCCAGAGCAUCGCUACCAAGCUCUUCGAUGCUGGAAUCGAAGCAGAAGCGGAUGCAGACUGCGUCGACACCUUUAACUACCGAAUCCGACGAGCCCAGUUGGAGCAGUGGAACUUCAUUCUCGUCGUUGGAGACAAAGAGCUUGAAGCCGGAACUUGCGCCGUGCGAACUAGAGAUGCGCAGCAACACGGCGUCCUCGAUGUUGACUUCGUCGUCGAAGAGCUCGUCCGGCUACACAAAAAACGAGCCCUCAAAGCCGAACACGAAUUCAGGGGAGAAAAGAAGGAGAAGCCAGCUGCCAAUGAGGCUGAAGGGACUGGAAGAGAAUUUUGUCUUGCAGCAGUCCAGAGAAGCCUCUCGCAUCUUCUGUCGCAGCGGAUAGAUUGGAAAAUGGGAGACCAGCAGAUCCCCUCAAGGGCUGGUCGGUCCAUCAACGAGCUCAUGCAGAGACACGGUUGCAGCAUUGCCGACCUGAUGGUUCAGUGCGCCAAUGUUGCCGCCCGUAUUUCCAGAGGAAACGAGCCGAACAGGGCUGACUUCCAACGUAUCGCCUUUUUCUGCUCUGAAGUACAGAAUACUUGGGGGAGCUUGAGUUUUGGCAUAUCAAACCUUCUCCCACGUGGUAUCCAGCCACUCCCACAACCAAGAAUUCCGGAAAUAGCUUCUCUUCCUAAUAUUGACCCAGAUCAUUUGGCAUCAAGGCGUGCAAUAGCUGUUAAUCCGAACCGCUUCGUCCCCACGAAUGAGCAAGAUCUCUUCGAGCAGCAGAAUAGUUUGAGUGAAAUGGCCAUUAUGAAUCGUGAGUCUGGCGGUAUCAAGGAAGAAGAAGAAGGCGAAGAGACUCUAGAAGAACGCGCUAAGCGUCUGGACCUUGAGGCAAAAAGAAGGGCCGGCGAGCUGAAUCUCCAGGACGAAAUGCACGAUUUUAUCGAGUCCCAUGUUGGUCGAUCUGAAGGAGAAAAGACGUCGGGAAACAGAGGACCUUCCCCGGAAAGCGAAUACAGCCAUCAGCCAUACACAGGCAAUCAAACUUCGACGUCAGAAGACGACGAGCCCGGACCGUCCAGACCAAGACCUAAAAAGAGCAAGAACAAGAAAACAGCAGGAAAAGCUUCCAAGAGUCCGCCUAAGAAGAAAGUGGCUUCAUCCAAGAAGUCAUCUUCUCAGAAUGAAACAGAAAACAUGAGCGACGAUGAUAAUGUUCCACUCUCUACUCUCCUAGACGAGGUUCACGCGACGAAAAAUAAAGAAGUCAAAGUUGUCCGUCAGAGUCUCCGUAGAGCGCUGGAAAUCUCCAAGACUAACGAUGAUCAGAAACGGACGACGCGAAAGAGUAACUCCUCGAAGAAGGCUCGUUUGAGCAAGAAGGCCUCUAAUGAUGAUAACGACGCAAGUGGCGAAGAAGACGUCGAGGAACGUAAGACUGCGCGAAAGACACCUAAAGCGAAAAGAGUCGCAGAUGCCGACAUUGCUGAAGAUACGGACACGCCGUCAAAGAAGGCCAAGGGUGGGGCUAGAAAGAAAGCCAAAAACGACAAAACCUCGAAGGAUGAAACCAGCAGCAAAUCUAACAAGAGAGGUCAGGGAUCGAAGACUCCGAAGAAUGAUAAAGCAAAGAGAGGCGGAAGAAGCAAAGACGCUGAAGAAGGAGAACGAAAGACUGAAAAGGGAAAGCCAUGGAGCCGAACAGCAGAACGAAAAACGCCAAUUCAUAUUCUUGAGAGGCGUAAGGAGGAGUAUCAUAAGAAGAAGUUGGCCAAAGAAAAUGCUCUUGCGAACGGUUCAGCUCACAAGGAGGCGAAACAGAAUGAAGUGAAGCAGAAGCAGCAAGAGGAGCUCGAGAGACAGGCAGAAGCAAUCGCUUCAAAGAAUUCCAAGAUCUUCCCGAAGCCUUCAUACUCCCAGAGCUCAUCUUCGAUCACCACGGCGCAGGAACAAUACCUCGUCAAAACCCUGCCACUUCCUCAAGCUGCUACUAAUGUUGGCUCUAGCGGUGGAAACAUCAGCGCUGGUAGCUUGAUUCUCUCCCCACGGACAAAGAAGACUCCGCCACAUAUCCUCGCGAACAAGAAGGAGUAUUAUCAGACUCACAAAGAUGUGAUUCUGAAGAAGCAACGCGAUUACAAGAAAAAACUCCUCCAAAAGAAAAAGGAGGCAGCUUCGCAAGACUCCGAAGACCAGGAAGAGGCCCAAGACGACGGCAGCCAGCAACGAGACGAGAGGAGCUCCCCCGAGUCCAUCGCCACCAACUCUGAACGAGCGGAGAGCAGGAAAUCCCAACACAUGAUGCCAAAGAAAAGCUGGACCGAAAACUUCUUGGACGUGAAAAAUGGCGAUGUGCUCCCUGUCCAAAUUGUUAACACUAUCGAGCUCACGCCGGUCGAAACAGUUGAGCUUGAAGGACACGUUGAACAAUUCGAGCUUGUCCCGACGGACAGUGGCUCUCAAGUGCCUGGAAAUCCGUCCGACAACAGGGAGAUACGUUCCGUUGAGGUCAAAAUCAGUAGUGGCGAUAGUCCAUCGCAAAAGACUGAAGGCGAGACCCGUGGAAUCGCAAUCAAAGUAGCGAACAGGCCGGUAAGUGCGCGUCUUCGCGUGCAGCCUGACCUCUACAUGGACGAGAAGCCAGACUCUCCCCCAAACGAGUCAACUGACAAACCGAGCACUAUCGGAAGCACGAACGGCAGGACGACCCCUCAGAAUCAAAAUGAAGAAAAACCAAGGGGGCCCAUGUUCAAGAAAAAGUUUCUUCACUCCUGGAGGGAACAUAGUCAAGUGAACGGACCGAACGAAAACUCCCCCGGCGCGCAAAGUUCAGAGGAGCAGCCAUCUCAUAAAGAACCAUACACGUCAACGAACACAACGUCUAUGGAGUCAGAUAAGCUCUGA